AUGGGUGCAGGGUCCUUGGGGUGGGGGGGGACCCCUAGGGUGCAGCACCCCGAGCCCGGUGCCCUCCUCUGCCCGCAGUCGGAGCACUUCAAGACAACGUCGCAGAAGGUGGCCCGCAAGUACUGGUGGAAGAACCUGAAGCUGCUCCUCAUCCUCGGCCUUGUGGGUGCCAUCAUCCUCAUCCUCAUCAUCCUCCUCGUCUCGGGCGUCAUCCCCACUUAGAGGUGCCGCACCGGGCACCCACCCCGCGUGCCUUUCAGGGAGGCCGAGGUGCCCGGGUGCCGCGACUCCCUGCUCCCUGUGUUUCUGCGUGUCCGCGGGCAAUACAGCGAGUCCGUACAA